UUUCUUUCUACAUCCUAUCUCUUCCAUUUUUGUAUAGUUCAGCUUUAAAUCAACUCCACUUUCUUUAUCACUAUUACCAUUAAUACCAUUUGAAAGAUCAGGCCUCUUGGAUAAUCCCAAGAGUUGAAUCAUAUUACUUGCGACUUUUCUCUGCUUCUUCAGUUGGAGAAGAGGGGCUGAAGACAAAAUUCAAUAUUCCAAAAGAAGAAAGAAAGAAAAAGAAAAGAAAAGAAAGGAGAUAUGCAUCGUUUGGCAGUGAAAAGCAAUCUUGUUGAUUCUGGGUCUGAAACAACCAAGCUUGGGUUGGGAGACAAUGAGCUUCCCCUCUGCCCCAAGCCUCGUCGUCUUGGAUCCGCCACAUCUGAAAUACUCAAGCCCCUCAGAUGUAACAAACACAGCCAACCAAACAUGGAUGGAAGAAGCGGAGUCGUCAGCAUGAUCACCGAAAAGACAAUGUGCUGUGGGUGCUUAGCAUCGGAUUAUUCAGGGUCUCCACCAGGCCGAACCCAUAACCCCUUGGUUCACGACGUGCAGUUCAUGCAUCAGAUGGAGAUUCUAUCGUCAUUGACCCGAUCGAACCAAGCUCUCUGAUAAGUUGGGUAAUUUUGCCUCCACCACUCCUCCCAUCUAAGGCUAGAGAAAUGAUGCCGUGACUCGUCACAAGAAUUAGUUUCUUUGCAUGGCUUUGUAUGCUGCUUUGGACGCACCAUUUUUCCUUUCCUUCGGGUUUUUUUUUUUUUUUUUUUG